AUGAUACGAAUACUGCAGUGGGGAAGAAGUAACAGUGUGGGGUGUGUUUCUGUGUUCCAGGGAGAGCCCAGCCCUCAGGGACCAAACCCAGCCAUCCAGCGUGGAAACCACCAAGGAAUCACAGCACAGACCUCCUCAGGCUGUCCUGCCAGGCUGCUGCAGAGAAACUCCCACCAGGAGGGUGAAAGGAGCAGGCAAGCAGGAGGAGGAUGGCAGAAAUGUCUGAAGUUAAAUGCAGAAGGAAUGUCUAGCAUGAUGUCUUUGACCAUUUCUGCUGCAGCAAAGGAGCUGGGUAAGAAGUGCCCCCUGGUGAAUGGCAGGAGUGCCAAUGGUCAGGACAGCACCUGGAUCCUUCCCAACUUGCCCAGUAGGUGCACAUGGACAGCCACAACUCCUGCCAGCAAGUCUCCACACUCCUGUGUUCCCUUGACAGAAGAAAAGAAGAUCUUGCCCAACAUCCUCAAGAAAAUUGGCUGCACCCCGAUGGUCCAAAUCAACAAGAUUGGGAAGUCCUAUGGGCUCAAGUGUGAGCUCUUGGCCAAGUGUGAGUACUUCAAUGCAGGGGGCAGCGUGAAGGACCGCAUCAGCCUCAGGAUGGUGGAGGAUGCAGAGAGAGCUGGGAUUAUCAAACCAGGAGACACCCUGAUUGAACCCACCUCAGGAAACACAGGGAUCGGGCUGGCACUGGUGGCUGCACUCAAGGGUUACCGCUGCAUCAUCGUCCUGCCAGAGAAAAUGAGCAUGGAGAAGGUCGAUAUCCUGAAGGCCCUGGGUGCUGAAAUUGUCAGGACGCCGUGCACUCGCUUUGAUGCCCCCGAGUCCAACGUCCGCGUGGCCUGGAAGCUGAGAAGUCAAAUCCCAAACUCUCAUAUCCUGGACCAGUACAGAAACCCCAGCAACCCCCUGGCUCACUACGACACCACGGCCGAGGAGAUCCUGGAGCAGUGUGAAGGCAAGGUGCACAUGGUGGUGAUUGGGUCUGGCACAGGAGGAACCAUCACUGGUGUGGCCAGGAAGCUGAAGGAGAAGUGCCCAGAGUGCAAGAUCAUUGGUGUGGACCCUGAUGGCUCCAUCGUUGCCCUGCCCAGCGAGAUGAACAAAACCAACACCACAACCAUCGAGGUGGAGGGCAUUGGGCACGACUUCAUCCCCACUGUCCUCGACAGAUCAGUGGUGGAUCAGUGGUACAAAAGCAACGACAGAGACUCGUUCCUCAUGUCCCGCAGGCUGAUCAGAGAGGAGGGCUUGUUGUGUGGGGGCAGCUCGGGCAGUGCCAUGUCUGCGGCUGUGAGAGCUGCCAGGGAGCUGCAGGAGGGCCAGCGCUGCGUUGUCAUCCUGCCCGACUCCAUCCGGAACUACAUGUCCAAAUUUGUGAAUGAUCAGUGGAUGUUAAAAAAUGGGUUCCUAAAUGACGCCCAGGAGCACAAGCCUUGGUGGUGGAACAUCAAGGUGCAGAAACUGAAUCUCUCGGCCCCUCUCAUCCUCCUCCCAGAAGUCAGCUGUCAAAAGGCAAUUGAGAUCCUCCAGGAGAAGGGUUAUGACCAAGCUCCUGUUGUUGCUGAGUCAGGGCUUAUUUUGGGGAUGGUGACCCUCAGCAACACCCUGAGCUCUGUGCAGGAUGGAAAUGUGGAGUUGUCAGACCCUGUCACCAAGGUCACCUACGACCAGUUCUCCAAGAUCAGCCUGGAGGACAACCUUGGGAAGCUUUCCUGCCUCCUGGAGAACGACCACUUUGCCAUCGUUGUGCACGAGCAGAUGCAGUUCAGUGGGAAUGGCAGUUCCUCCACGAAGCAGACGGUGCUCGGUGUGGUCACAUCCAUGGAUCUCCUCACCUUUGUCAGCAGCAAUGACAAGAAGUAG